AACUUAAUUCAAUUGGCAAUGAUGACACAAAAACAGACGAAUGUACAAUUGAGCAAACAGUUAUCUUGGCUGCUGCGUCAUGGCGCUGAAAAGGAGGGAUUCACAAUGCAGCCAGAUGGGUACGUCUGCGUUGCAGAUAUUUUACGGCAUCCGCGGUACGGCGUCCAGUACAGCAAAGAAAAAUUGCGGGAAAUCGUUGCAGCGGAUGCAAAGCAGCGUUAUCAGUUGCGUUCAAAUCCCGUAACGGGUGCAGAGGAGAUACGCGCCAAUCAGGGCCAUUCGCUUAGAACUGUGCAGGCAGAGGCAUGCAUGGAGCGCAUCAAUAGCAUCUCUCAACUGCCCGAUCCCGUGGUCCAUGGCACCUACUACAAAAACUGGGAGCACAUCAAGACGGAGGGCUUGAAGCGCCUGACACGCAAUCACAUACACUUCGCCGUACUGGGCGGAGAAGGCAAAGCCGUGGUAAGCGGUUUUCGCAGCGAUUGCCAAGUGCUCAUCUACCUGGAUGUGGCCAAGGUGCUAGCGGAUCAGCUGGAACUGUAUCGUUCCAGUAACAAUGUGAUACUAUGUGCUGGCAUUGCUGGUUGCAUUUCUCCCAGUUAUUUUCAGCGCGUUGUUGAUAGACGAACGGGAAAGCCCUUGUCUUUCUAAUUCCCGAUCUGGUUUC